GGAGCGGUCGCCCGGGUUACCAGGGGGCGGAGCCGCCGAGGCGUCCGUGGCCCGGAUGUCCGGGCGCGGCGGGCCCCGGGGCUGAUCCUGGAGCUUCUCCAGGGAAACUAACCUGCGGCUAAUGGAUAUUACUGUACUGGCAUUUGUUUUUAAAAAGCUGUCGAUAUUCAACCAGCAUGCCUUGGACUUUACUGUGGGAAGACCCUGUUGUUUAAAAAUGGCUCAACUGAACUAUAUGGAGAAUGUGGGGUGUGUCCAAGAGGCCAGAGAACAAACGCACAGAAAUACUGUCAGCCUUGCACGGAGUCUCCAGAGCUCUAUGAUUGGCUCUAUCUUGGAUUCAUGGCUAUGCUUCCUCUGGUUUUGCAUUGGUUCUUCAUUGAAUGGUACUCGGGGAAAAAGAGUUCCAGUGCACUUUUCCAGCACAUCACCGCAUUAUUUGAAUGCAGCAUGGCAGCUAUCAUCACCUUACUUGUGAGUGAUCCAGUCGGUGUUCUUUAUAUCCGUUCAUGCCGAGUAUUGAUGCUUUCUGAUUGGUACACGAUGCUUUACAACCCAAGUCCAGAUUAUGUCACCACUGUGCACUGUACUCAUGAAGCUGUCUACCCACUCUACACCAUUGUAUUUAUCUACUAUGCGUUCUGCUUGGUGUUAAUGAUGCUGCUCCGCCCCCUGCUGGUGAAGAAGAUUGCCUGUGGGCUAGGGAAGUCGGAUCGAUUUAAGAGUAUUUAUGCUGCACUGUAUUUCUUCCCCAUCCUAACCGUGCUUCAGGCAGUUGGCGGAGGCCUUCUAUAUUACGCCUUCCCAUACAUUAUAUUGGUGUUAUCUUUGGUUACUCUGGCUGUGUACAUGUCGGCUUCUGAAAUAGAGAACUGCUAUGAUCUUCUAGUCCGGAAGAAAAGACUCAUUGUUCUCUUCAGCCACUGGCUACUUCAUGCUUACGGGAUCAUCUCCAUCUCCAGAGUGGACAAACUUGAGCAGGACUUACCCCUGUUGGCUCUGGUACCCACGCCAGCCCUGUUUUACUUGUUCACAGCCAAGUUUACCGAACCUUCACGGAUACUCUCAGAAGGAGCCAAUGGACACUGAACAUAACAUGCCAAAACCCCUAAGAAGUAUUCUUAAUAAAAAAGUAAAGAAAUAAAAAAUGUGUUAGUUCUCUUCUGUCAUAGGUGGGAAUGAGAUUGUCAGUAUAUCGUAAUGUUUUGGGUUGGUUGAUUUUGUUUUUGACCUUAAGACUUUAUGGUUAGACUUAGAAACACACACUACAAUUCUCUGUUAUGUAUUAUAACACACUAUCCCGCUACAGCACACUAUUACAUGGCCCAGGAGGCCUGUCUCUCGCACCUAUUUAGUUAUUGUUUAGAGCAAAAACAUGUUUCUGUGGACCUCGCAAUAUGUUGUUUUUGUUUUUAUUAAAUAAUAAGUAUAAUAUGGGAUUCUUAGCUUUGGCACAAUUGUGCUUGCCUGAUGUGUUUCAACCUGGCUUUCAAGUGUAAUGAAUCAAAAAGACACAUACCUGUGGGGUCUGAUAGUAAGCAUGGAAAUACAAAGUAUGUUGUCUUUUAUUAUCUAUAUAUUUUCACCAAUACAGUAUUUUCUUCAAAAAUAGAGCAUAAUUUAUAUAAUAGUUUCCUAUUUAUAGGUAGUUUGGUUGAAAAUAUCUUCAUAUUAUUCCUGUUCCUAUAAAGAAAAACAAUAAUGAAAAACUUGGCAAAAAGUCUCAACUGAAGAUAAACUUGACAAAAAGUCUCAAAUGUUCUGACAUUUGUAAUUGUGGAAAUUAAAGAUAUUAGGUAGUGAGAUUAAUGUCUUUUUUCCCACGUGAACAAAUACAUGUUCUCACAUAUUUCCUUCCUCUUACAUCUUAUUUAAAAAAUUGGAUUGAAGAGAGAGAGACAUCAGUUGGUUAUGCAGAGACUGAACUGGCACCUAGGUACGUGCCCUGACGUAUCAAACCUGCUCCCUUUUGCUGUCUGGGAUGAUGCUCCAACCAACUGCGCCAGCCAGCCAGGGCUUAUAUGUUAUUUUUAAAGGAUGCAUACACAUGCCACAUUUUUUUUGAUCCUGAGACACAUUUUUCUGCACCUUGGGACAUCUCUGAAUUAAGCUGCAUCACACAAUUGAUGGCUUCUUAGAUUUAACAAAAUGGAGAAUCUACACAGCAUAGGAACAGUUUUACUGUGGUUGUUGAUGGGGAUGCUGCUUGUCUAUUUUUAUACUCUGAACAGACUUAUGGUUGUAACCAUGGAAACUAUAUUUAUUUACUGAUUCUGCUAUUGGUGGGGGUUACACAAGUUUGUUAAAUCUCAAACUUUAAUACUUUCAUUGACAGUUGCAAAUUGUGGGAGAAUGUGCACUCACUUUGUCUGUAGUUUAUGCCUUUUGAAUCCACAGCAGUUGUAUCCUUGGAAUUCUUUUGUUAAUUUUUCUUUGUUACUAUGUUUUUGAUAUUAAAUGCAGCCAACUUGUGACGAACUUUUUUGGCGACUUUUUUGAAACGUUUCUGUUUGGUCUUAGCUUCUGUAAGAAUAAAAAUAAAAUUGUAAAAGUUCUAUGUGUA